AUGGCCAGCAUUACUCUCAAGCGCACUGGGCAAAAGAUGCCCCUUGUUGGAUUUGGUCUCUGGAAAGUCACCAAGUCUACAUGCGCCGAUACUGUCUAUAACGCAAUCAAGAGCGGCUAUCGCUUGCUCGAUGGUGCAGGCGACUAUGGAAACGAAAAGGAGGCCGGUGAAGGUGUUGCCCGGGCGAUCAAGGAGGGUAUCGUCAAGCGUGAGGACCUCUUCAUCACAUCCAAGCUCUGGAACACUUUUCAUGCCAAGGAGCAUGCUCACGCUCUGGCCCGGAAACAACUCGCCGACUGGGGUCUUGACUACUUUGACUUGUUUUUGAUCCAUUUCCCCGUCUCCCUCAAGUACGUUGACCCGGCCAAGCGGUACCCACCCGAGUGGUUCGGUGAUGACGGUAAAACAGUCGAGCUUCAAAACACCCCGAUCCAAGAAACAUGGCAAGCUCUGGAAGAGCUCGUUGAUGCUGGUUUGGCUAAGAACAUUGGAAUUUCAAACAUGCAAGGCUCUUUGAUCAUCGAUAUAUUCCGCUACGCACGCAUUGCUCCUCAAGUCCUCCAGAUUGAGCACCACCCUUACCUUACUCAGGAGCCUUUGAUCAAACUUGCCAACACCUUGGGCAUUGCCGUGACUGCCUACUCUUCGUUUGGACCUCAGAGCUUCUUGGAGCUCAACAUGGGACAAGGUGUCAAGUCGUUGCUCGAGGGCCACUCCACCAUCGAAUCCGUAGCAAAGGCGCACAACAAGACCGCCGCCCAAGUCCUACUCCGAUGGGCAAGCCAGCGUGGUAUUGCUGUUAUCCCCAAGAGCAACAACCAAGGCCGCCUCGAACAAAACUUGGCUUCGACCGAUUUUGAUCUGAGUGAUGAGCAGAUCAAAUCCAUCAGUGCUCUUAACCAGGGCAUUCGCUUCAACAACCCUGCAGAUAUCGACCCACGCAUGUCGAUCUUUGCAUAG